UGAGGUGGGUGCAAGGAUGAAAUGCAGGGAGCUUUUUUGGGAAAAAGGCCAGGGCCUGCACACCUGUGGCAAGAAAGGGCAGCAGGAGCUAUUUCACCUGUGUGGAGAUUCCCCUUAGCUUAAAGUCUGCUAAAUGGGAGCUGCUGCCAGGUGGGCAAGGGGCACUCCUGGACAGCCCCAGGGCAAGUGUGCCUGUCAGUGAGCACUUUGUAACCGCAGAGGGACACAGGGCAGCGGGGCCUCCCUCAUCUUGUUUUCUGUGGAUUGCUCUGGUGGCUCAGCGACAUUUUUUCCCCAUUCCAGUGCCCGUGGUAAACAGUGGGAAUGUCCAGGGCUGGGGGCCGGCCCUCCCUGCCCAGCCCAGCGUCCAUAGCAACAGUGGCUUCAAACACUGCAGCCACCGCCGCUGCCACCAGCAGGUCUGUGCACACUUCCAGCCGGUCCCGGGGUGCCAGCCCCGCGGGGGGAUCCCCUCUGCCUGUCAGGGUGCCCCCCCGAGUGACUCCCUGCUGGACAUGGGCACCUUCCUCUGCCCCCGCUGCCGCUUGGCGUUCAGAUCCCGGCCGCUGCUGCAGGUGCACAUGGAGAAGCUGUGCCUCGGGCCCACGGCACCCAGCAGCUCCUGCCUCCACGGGGGGGACCCUCUGCCUGUGGAGGGAGCACAGAGCACGGCAAGGAAACCACAGGACAUCUCGGUAGUGUGGAGCUGGGUCGGGCAUAGAAUGGGGAUGGGGACAAGUGCUGGGCUGGGGAAUUGGGUAUCACAGCCUGGCUCCAGCUUGGUCUGGGCUGGGCAGGCCUCCAUCUUCCCACCCCUGCACCACACAGGCAGCCCUUGGUGCUUAUUUUGCCAAAACCAGAAAAGGAUAUUUUGGGGGUGGGGGGGGAUGGGGGAGGUGGGAGCGUCACCCUUUUCUUCCCUUUGUGUCUGCGAGGUUGGGAUGUCCCAAAGUACGGACGACGCUGAGGCACGCCAUCACUCUGUGCCUCGUGGGGUCCCAGCAGCUGUGCGGGGACAGCAGGGACCAGGGCGGGCGCGGGGAGCUCCCCUGGGGGACGUGCUGACCCCCCGCGAGAGGGCCCUGCUCCGCACGGCCGACCCCCCUUCUAGGAGGGUGCCAGUGGAGGGAGAACCCCCCCGGCAGCCGCCGCAGGAGCUGCUGGAGGCCCACGAACGCCAGGUGGCCGAGAUCCGGGCCAGGACCCGGCAGCUGGAGCUGCAGAGAGAGGGUAGGCCCUGCAAAUGGUUUUGGGGCGAUGGGGAGGCGCGUGUGGGAUGCAGUAACCCCCCGAGAGUGGGGCUGUGGGGCCGCGCUGAGCCCCCCGCCCCUCACGGUCCUGCAGGGCUGUGCCGGCGGCUGGCGGCGCUGGGGGCCGGGGCACCUCUGGGCCCCCAGCCCGAGCACGGGGAGCCCGAGCCGAGCCAAGGCCUGCAGGACCAGGCCAGACAGGUCCCAACAGCACAGCACAGGGCCACCCUCCACCUCGACACCCUCCUGCCGCCCGCAGGGCCGCUGGCGGCCGAGGCCAGGGCGCUGCGAGUGUCCUACCUGCGCUCUGGGGGACACGACCCGGCCAUCCUGGACCAGCUUCUGCACCUCCAGCUGGAGGCCAUGGUGCUGGAGAAAGGAACCGCGGGGCUGCGCAGGGCCAGGCGGAUGGCAGAGCCCCCGGGCACUGGCACUCAUGGUCUGGAUGCGGCGCUGCUGGCCGUGGAGCUGGAGAACCGGCGUCUGGAGGAUGAGCUGCUGGCACUGAAGGUCAGAAGGGAAAGGAGAGUGGAUGCUGGCUCACGGGCAGCCCAGCGGCACACGGAGGAGCUGGCCCGGCUCCAGGCAGAGGUGGGAAUGCUGCGAUGCCAUGCGGAGCAGACAAGGCCAUGGCUGCACCCCCCUGUCUUCCCACACCCCAUAGCCCCCCUACUGCCACCAGCCCUUGCCGUGCCAGAACUUCUCAUGGAGUCCCCCGGGCCAGCACUGGGGCCUGGCAGACCUACAGCCCACGUGCCCCCCGGACUCCCCCUCACCCCCUUUGUGGCCCUGGAGGACCCUCCUCCUGCUCAGGAGCCCCCAGCACAAGACAGAGCUCCCCGAAGGUGAGCCAGGACCAGGCCAUGGCCCCUGGACUGCCCUGCCACCCCCUCCACCAGCAAACAGGGGCUCCAGGAACUGCUGGGAUGGGUGGAAUGGUACAGGACCACUGCUGGGACCAAAGAGGCUCUGGGCAUUGCAGCAGGAAAAGGACAGGCAAAGCCCCAAGCCAGCAGCAAACUGAGUGACACAGCUCAGCCUCCACCUCAGGACAGAGCCCACAGCCAGAGUGGCUCAACCACUCCUGCUCACAAUGGUGGUUUGGGGACAGGCAGGGGGCACGGAGGGGCACAAUAAAUUCCCUGCCCUCAGGCAUAUCCCCACAUCCAGCCCUCUAGGGAAAGCCUAACCCAGGGCAUGCACAGCCCAGCCCUGGGAACCAGCAAAAACCAGAGCCAGCUUUCUGAAGUGUCAGAAGCCCUGUGCUACAUGUUAAAUAAAAGAUUUCAGCUCA